CAUUGCUUCUAGGAUCGGUAUUUCUGAUGCAUUUCAUUGACCAGUCAUCUGUACAGUGUGAGUCAGUAGCGUUAACAGGGUUCAGUUGUCUGAGCCUCGUGUUGGAAACCGAACAUAGCGGAUACAUGAAGAUGUUCUGUCAGAGGAUGUGGUUUUGGUACGAGAGAGCAAGGGGAAGAGAGGGGGAGGAAGGGAGGAGUCUGUUCUCUCUCUCUCUCUCUCUCUCGCCGUCUCUGGGAAGAACCAGAAUAGAUGAGCGACAGGUGAGCGUAUUGGAAGCAGGAGAGGACUGAGGUUAGGAUCCAGUUGUUGUUUUAACUUGUGUUUUAGAGUGUCUUGGGAGGAUGGUCUGUGUGUUGGAGACAAUGCUUUGAUGAGAGAGAAAGCGAGGGAUGAUGGAGAGAGAUGAGACUGAAGGCUACACUCGGACUUCCUGGUCUGAUGUACAAAGGGUUACCCACUCCACCAGCCCACCAGACCAUGCAGGAAAAAAGAGGAAGCAGGAUCCAGGUUCUGAGACCAUCGUCAGAAUCACAGAGGACAGAGAUGACGAGGAUGAUGAGGAUGAUGACGAUAUGACGUCAGACCUGAUGAAGGACUCUGAGGAGCCCAGUAAUAAAAGGGUUAAGCCGGUGGGUAAAGGGGGAGGAGUCACAGGCAUCAUCACCCCAGUCAAAACACCUGCCCUGAAACGCCUGGGAAAGAGCAUAACGAGGUCCAUCAGUUUCCGGACAGAGGCACGACCUUUGCCCCCUGCUCCUAUUCGCUCGCGGCAGAAGGCCUCGUCGUUCCCGCGGCGACGCAGUAGCCAAUGCUGGAGUGACACAGUGGACAGUCACGACCUCACGGCCAAGGAGAUCAAACGACAAGAGGUGAUCUAUGAGUUGACGGAGGGAGAGAGACAGCUGAUCGAAGACCUCAGUCUGGUUAAAAAGGUGUACUAUGAGCCCAUGCUGAAGUUGGACAUCAUGACCGAAAGUGAACUAGGGCAGAUCUUUGGUACUCUGGACUCUCUCAUACCUCUCCACGAAGAUCUCUUGGCUCGGCUGGAACGCCUGAGAGGAUCAGAAAAGACUGUUGGGGCAGUUGGAGUAACACUCUUCAAUUGGUUCCCCUGUCUAGAGGCGUAUGUGACAUAUUGUUGUAACCAGGUGGAGGCUAAGGCCCUGUUGGACAUGAAGAAGCAGCAGAAACGAGUGGAGCAAUUCCUUCGUCUGUGCCAGGAGUCGUCUUUUAGCAGGAAGUUGGACCUCUGGAACUUCUUGGACCUCCCUCGCAGCCGAUUGGUCAAAUACCCGCUGUUGCUACGGGAGAUUCUGAAGAGCACGCCACCAGAUCACCCCGAUGAAGACACACUGCCUGACGCUUUGGAGUUGGUCCAGUCCAUCGUAUCAGAGGUGGACAGAAAGACCGGGGAGGCGGAGUGUCAGUUCUAUAGGAGGGGCUUGGCUUACCUGGAGGAGGGCCAAAGGCUCCCUGAGAUCCAGCUGUCACGAUUCCUCUACUGCCACGGAGAGCUGAAGAACAACAAGGGACAGAAGCUCCAUGUGUUCCUGUUUGAGCUGUGUCUGGUUCUGACCCGCUCGGUGGAGGACAAAGAAGGGGGUGUGGUCUUUCAGGUGUACCGCCAGCCCCUCCCCACCGCCACACUCCACCUAGAAGACCUACCUGAUGGGGAGGGCGGCGGUGGAGGGGCCUUCAGGGGGGCCUUCACCAGCGGCAACGACAAAGUACGUAACUGUCUCAGGGUGUCCAGUAGGGGGCGCUCCAAGGCCCAGUCUCACAGUCUCCAGGCCAACGACUCAUUCAACAAGCAGCAGUGGAUCUCCUGCCUGCGCCAGGCCAUGGUCCAAUCACGAGACAGGGACGCCCAGGUCAGCCAAUCACCGCUGUCGUCCCGCCUCUCCCCAGACUUCGCCCUGUACCACAUCGCAGAGCUGAGUCUGAGCUCAGACACCGAGAUGGCAGACCAGAGCAGUCAAUGACCGAGCAGAGUGAUCCGUGACAGACAGACUAGACCAAUCCAAUCAAAGACUGAUCAACUAAUUGCUUAGCAAUAGUCCCAUGAUGCAUUUGGAGGUGGUAGUGAUGUUAAACAUGAAGGAUGUGUACGCUGGUCAGUACAGUUUUAUAAGGGGAGAGAGGGGGGUGGGUGAUGUUAUAUUGGCUCGUAAUGUAAUGUGCCUUCUAGCCUGGGUGCCAGGCUGUUUGUGCUCUCUUGUCUCAACUCCUUAUGGAAUCGUCAUGCAGAACAAUGACCACGGAGAUCUGGGACGAGGAGAACAUACUUUGGGAGCUCUGGAGUCAAUCAAGUUCCAAACGAUUCCAUCAUCAGACGUCUUCUGGAAUAGGAUGUGAUAAUGCCUAGAGAACGGUCUUUGUGCCAUAUACAUGUUUGAACUCCCUUGCGAUGUUAGCUGUGAUUAUAGAUCACAUUGAUAACCUGUACAGAUUCAAGGCAAUAUUGAUGAAAGUAAAUGUUAUGAGUGAAGUGGGUAUUUUUAAA